AUGGUUACUUGUGGCGUUCAGAUAGAUAUGGUCAUAUAUAACACACUUCUCAAUGGGCUUUGUAAGGCUGGUAAGAUGGGGAAGGCAAUAGAAAUCAUGAGUGAGAUGACAAGGAUGUGCGUACGACCUGAUUCAAGAAGUUACAUUUUGUUGAUUCAGGGAUACUGUCGGAAGCGUGAUAUGGUUAGUGCUUCUGAAUUGCUUGAUGAGAUAAAGAAAAUGAGCUUGGCACCUAUGGAGGUAACUUACAGGGUUAUGAUUAAUGCUCUUUGUCAGUAUGGAAAUCUUCGACAGGAAAAUACUGUUUUGAGGGAAAUGAUUAUGAGGGGCCUCUGCAAAGCCAAGGAGAUGGAAGAAGCAAGGACCUACUUGGUAGAAAUGUUGGAGAGAGGAUUAGAGCCAAAUGCGUAUACCUAUGGAGCUUUCGUGCAUGGAUACAGCAAGUCAGGGGAGAUGCAGAUGGCUGAUAGAAGCCUUUUCAGCAUUCAGAUGCAUGCUUGCACGAGGUUUUUUCCUGAUCUCCAUACUUACAGUGUGCUUAUUAAUGGUCUCACAAGGAAUGGAAAAAAUGCAAGAAGCUCUUGCGAUCUUCUCAGAGCUUGUGAGAAGGGAUCAGUUCCUGAUGUCUUCACUUACACCACUCUCAUUACUGGUUUCUACAAGCAGGGUGAUGUAGAGAAGGCUUUUCAACUGCACGAAGAGAUGUGCAAAAAAGGCAUAAAUCCAAACAUUCUUACUUAUAAUACCUUGAUUGGUGUGCUAUGCAAGGCAAAUGAUGUUAAGAAAGCCAAGGACUUGUUUACUAACAUCUUGCAUAGAGGCCUGAAUCCCGAUGGUGUGACAUAUGCUACAAUGAUAGAUGAUUGCUGCAAAUCCAGGAAUCUUACUGAGGCAUUUCAAUUAAUGGAUGAGAUGCCAUUCUCAGUGGGUGCUGCAAAUAAGGGAAAUUGGAGAAAGCUCAUGAACUAUUUCAAGAUAUGCUGCGUAAGGGCUACGCCACUACUCUCUCUUUCAACACUUUGAGAUGGGUUCUGCAAGAGUAAAAAGCUGCAAGAAGCUAGUCAUUUGUUAGAAGAAAUGUUACAGAAGAAGGUCAUGCCUGAAAAUGUUACCUACACAAUGCUGAUUGAUCAGCACUGUAAGGCUCAGAAUAUGGAGGAAGCAAGACAGCUCUUCUUGGAGAUGCAGGCAAGGGAUCUAGGACCAACCACCAUAACUUACAAAUCACUUCUUCAUGGUAACAACAUAAUAGGAAAAAGAUCUGAGGUUUUCUCUCUGUUUGAAGAGAUGGGUGGCCAAGGGGAUUGA